GACGCCCUCAUUCGGCAAACCGGUGCAAGGAUUGAGCCUCACGGCGAACACAACACAUUGAGCUUAUGGUGACAGGCGUCCAACAUGACCUGAUGAAGCAGGCACAGUGCUUUUGGUCAAUGCUGGAUGAGCUUGCAGAGACCAAUGAAGAUGCAUACAGGAAGUUCAUGGCCACAAACUUCCAAAGAGGACAGCAAGAAUUGACACCGGCCAAGCCAUGGAUGUGUGUCAAGACCUGUAUCAUGGAUUAUGCCGGGUUGAACUACCGAAGCUGUCUGUAACUAAACUGUGCCCACAUUAUCAGCGCUAAAUGGCAGAACCACCGGCUAAGAGAGCCCGAAGACGAAGUGAGACACAAACUAACCCUGGUCCAAGCACAGCACAAGAUAGUCAGGCAGCUGCAACCCAACAACUACCGGCUGGUAACAAACAACCUUCCCAGCAGGAACCAACGCAACAACCACUGCCACAACUACAGCCAAGACCGGGUGAGACACAAACUAACCCUGGUCCAAGCACAGCUGCAACCCAACAACUACCGGCUGAUGGAGUGAGGGGUGAUCAACAAACGACUCAGUCUGGCAGCGGACAUCCUUCCCAGCAGGAACCAGCGCAACAAUCACCGCCACAACCACAGCCAAGACUGGAAAGAAAAUUGGAUGUUGAGCCUCCCCACGCUUCAGAUAAUGUCAUGAGAGCCUUGGAAGCAGAUGCCAACGAGCACGCAGAGAAGCGUAAAGCAGAGGCGACGGUUCUGAAAGAUCAGGGGAACCAAGCGUUCAAGAAGAGUGAUUACACACGAGCCGUUGAGCUCUACACACAGGGCCUGGAACGUCUAAAAGACUUUGUGGUGUUGUACACCAACAGGGCACAGGCUUACAACAAAUUGGAAAAGUUUACAGAGGCAAUGGAGGACUGCCGGACGGCCUUGCAGUUGGAACCAAAGAACGUCAAGGCAUUGGUGCACCUUGGCAAGGCCCAGCAGGGACUGAAGGAUUACGAGGCGGCUGUUUGGACUUACAAAGAAAUCCUCAAGAUUGACGAGAAGUACGAGAAAAUGGUGGCAGAUAAUGUCAAGAGAGCCCAGGAAGCAGACGCCAGCGAGCGCACAGAGAAGCGUAAAGCAGAGGCAACGGUUCUGAAAGAUCAAGGGAACCAAGCGUUCAACAAGGGUGAUUACACACGAGCCGUUAAACUCUACACGCAGGGCCUGGAACGUCUAAAAGACUUUGUGGUGCUGUACACCAACAGGGCACAGACUUACAACAAAUUGGAAAAGUUUUCAGAGGCAAUGGAGGACUGCCGGACGGCCUUGCAGUUGGAACCCAACAACGUCAAAGCAUUGGUGCACCUUGGCAAGGCCCAGCAGGGACUGAAGGAUUACGAGGCGGCUGUUACGACUUACCAAGAAAUCCUCAAGAUUGACAAGAAACACAAGAAAAUGGUCGCAGACUACAUUGCAGCGGUGAAUCUAGCCAAGUCCACAGCCAAGUCGGAUAUGGAGGCUGAGAGGCUGUUCAGUGAGGGCGACGUCAAGGCAACGGGCGUUCAGGAGAUCGGACUCAGUGACGUAGCAGACAGUCAGGCAGCUCUGACCCAACAACUACCAGAUGAUCAACAAAACACUCAGUCGAGUAAUGAACAGCCUUCCCAGCAGGAACCAACGCCACAACCACCACCGCAACUACAGCCCAGACCGGGUGAGACACAAACUAACCCUGGUCCAAGCACAGCACCAGCCAGUCAGGCAGCUGCAACCCAACAACUACCGGCUGGUAACGAACAACCUUCCCAGCAGGAACCAAUGCCACAACCACCGCCACAACUACAGCCCAGACGGUCAGGCAGCUGCAACCAACAACUACCGGCUGAUGGAGUGAGGGAUGAUCAACAAAUGACUCAGUCUGGCAGCAGACAGCCUUCCCAGCAGGAACCAACACAACAACCACCGCCGCAACUACAGCCAAGACCGGAUUACCCACAACAAAUUGGAGCCAGCAUAGGAAGCAUCGGGGCAAUCAGCGGUAGCCAGAGCCCUGUCAUUGUUGGUUCAAGUCGAGUUAAUAUCACUUAUCACAACAUGCCGUUGGAGGGACGGCCAGAAAUCACCGGACUCCAGGGGCCGGGUACCUUUGAGGUUUGCAACAGGAAAUUAUCGACAGCUACAAGCAAACUGCAACGACUAUCCCUGCACACCCUACACUGCAGUCACGUCAAGUGGGUAUGA